AUGGGAAGUCUCGAGGGCCACCUUCUUCCAGGUGUAAUCUUGCUCUUCAUGGUGAUCUACUACUCGGUGCUGGUGUGUCUGGCCGUGCUACGGGGCCAGAAGUCCCUCCAGCCACCCCUGCCCCCCAGGGAGAAGCGAAGAUACAAGCCGUGGCAGCUGGUACCUCCGGUGGAAGCAAUAAAAAUGAUUGGCUGUAGCAUGGCCAUCUUAGGUGAGUUUUAUUAUCCACUAGGGACAAACAACCUGAAGAUGAUAGACUGGGAGAACCCUCGGAAGCCAUUUGUGCUUAAGGACGCUUGGCAACAUUUCACCAUGUAUGUGUUCUUUCUGGUCAGCGGCGUGGUAAAUACUAUCAGUCAGGUGUGUCUAGCCCAGCAGAACUCGAGGCUGGAGAGAGCGGUGGAGGCCCUGGCUUUCUAUGUUCUGGUGCUAGUGAUGGCCACCCACAUUGAGAACAAGAGUACGUUGGAGAUCCGAGUGCAUGUGCUGUUCAUGGUCCCCUGCUUCCUGGUGGCCCUGGCGUCCAGCAUCGAAGUCUGGGUCCCUAGCGAUCCCAUCCUCUGGCUGUUCAAGCUGUGGAUGGGGCUGGUGCUCAGCACCUGGAUGUUCCAGCUGUGCUUGGUGCUGUAUGUGCCCCCGUCCGGACAGCACUGGCAAGGGAACACCGCAGACCUGGCCUUCCUCACCAUCUUCUUCUGCUGGCACCUGGGCCUGGGAGGCUUCAUCCUGGCUGCCAUCUAUGGGCUCUGCAGCCUCUGGUGCCAUCGUUGCUCCUCUUGGAAAGAGGCGUCCAAUGCCAGAUACCAUCUGUGUCCUACAGAAGCCACUGGGGAAGAGCUGCAGAAGCUCCAGCCGGAGGCUGCCCUGCAGGAGAGAAGUGUCUAG